AGCAAAUUACCGCACUAGCUUCAGAAACUAUCGUGCGUGCAACACUUAUCAACAACAGACCCUAACUGUAGGUUAGCCGCCUGUGUAUCAACAGAGCGUGUGUUAAUUUAUUGAACAUUUCUGUAGUGCAGGGCGUUAACUAUUCACAAUGCAAGGACAGGGACCGUACCCCCAGCAGGGACAACCAGGUUAUCCUCCACCGGGACAACAAGGCCAACCAAUGUACCCACAAGGUCAACAAGGUUAUCCUCAAGGACAACCUCAGCAAGGUUACCCACAAGGUCAACCACAGACGCAGACAGUUGUAGUACAGCAGCCUAUGAUUGUUAAUCAGGUGUUCAGGGAAUCUCCAGUCCGUAUGCAAUGUCCUGCAUGUAGAGCAGAUAUAGUCACGGCUUUAAAUUAUGAUACUGGAAUGUUGGUGUGGAUUCUUUUUGGAGUUAUGUGUAUAUUUGGAUUUUGGAUUUGUUGUUUUAUUCCAUUUUGUGUUGAUGCCUGCAAAGAUGUUACACACACGUGUCCAAACUGUCAACACAUGGUUGGAAAAUACAGUAGACUUGGAUAAUGUGGCACUCGUUAUACAUGACCUAAAUUAAAAAUGAGACUCAGUCACAUGACUUACAUCUAAAAUGAGGCUCAGUCACAUGACUUUCAUUGAUGUUGUGAACAUCUAUGCAAUCGUAGUAAAGUUGUUUGAUUAUGUAUCUGUAACUGCUUUGUACCCUCUCAAAAGGUCUAAGCAUUAUUAUUUUUUUAUUUAACCUUCAUAAAUCAUCUUUUAAAAAGUUCUGUAUCAGUGCCUAAAUUAUUUAUGACUAUGUACAAGCAUCACACAUUUAACUUGCUCUGAUCUGUAAUUAAUGGAGCAAUUGAAUGCACAGACACUCGUCUCAGAAUUCCCCCCUCAAUACCUUUAUAUAUACAGGGAUAUAGGAUUUUUUUUUGAGACGAGUGCCUGUGAUUGAAUGCUAUUUCCCCAGUGAAAUACAGUUGCCACAGGUUCAAAAGUUUUCCUAAAAACUCAUCAGGGAUAUAUAUAAGGCUCAUAAAAUUGGCGCCAUACGCGCGUGUUGUCUACAAAAGACUCACUACUGACGCUCGAUUCAAAUCAGCGUCAACAACUGUCAUUUAGAAUCACAAACUAUAAAUCAAACUUUAAAAACUCAGGUUUACUGUUUUGUGCCUACAAAUUUUCCAAGUUAAGAAGAAAAGCGGUUCUAUAUUUUUUGGUAUGUUGUUGGUGUUUUUUUAUGCAAUCUUGAUACUAUUGCUUUGAACAUUUGUUCUUGCCUUACAGCUUUAUGUUAAACGUUUAUUGUUACUUCUACGGAUAACUUUGUAUUUUGUAUGGAAUCAUGCGUAGGAAAAAGUUACUUGUUUUUGAAUAAAGACUGCCGUUUUUUUUAACAUUUACAUGUCUGUAUAAGUUUACUUGAGCAUUUUCAGUUGUCUAAAUAUUAAUUAUUUUUUGAAUAAUCAGCCAGCCAAUAUAAAAAAAUAUGUUCGCCAAAAAAAACCCUUCUCAUUUAUUCUGCUUGAGAUGUUAUAUUUUAAGUUUUAUCAAAUCAUUUCAUUCGAUAGAUUUUAUUUUUUUCUAUAAUGAUCUUGUUUAAAUCCUUUUAUAUAUUCAUCUACAUGGACUUGUAUUUUUUAUCUUAUCAAAAGUUAUUCAUGGUUUUAUCAAAUUAUACAUGUAUACGUUAGUACCUCUAUACUUUUUA